UCAACUGUCAAUGUCAAGUCAAGUGACAAAACCAAAAGUGACGUGACUAGUGAGCAGAGCAACCUCUGAAGUUAUAAUGUUUUGAACAACUAAAUAUGGACUUAACUUUCUUGAUCUAAGUUACUGUUAAAAUUAGCUCAACCUCAACUAUAAGAAUGGCUGAACAAAAUUCACCUGAGCCACCGGAAUUCAUCCAGUUUCUAUUUUCGGAUAAACCAAAGUUUGACUGUUUUUUCAUUGUUGGAGAAAAGAGUUUGGUCGAACCUGAGAGGAUUGGAGCAGUGAAGCUAAUGUUAAUGGCUCACAGUCCUGUGUUCAGGUUAGAACUGGAGGAUAGUGGUCUGAGAGAGAAGAAUGAUGUUCCCUUAAAAGACAUGUACCCUGACACCUUCAGAAACGUACUCAAGUAUAUGUACGGGUAUGAUAUCAUUGGAGAUUUGGAAUUUAAUGAGGCGGACAACAUGUUCUAUGUUGCUGAGAAGUAUAUGAUGCCCAGACUGAAGAAUAAGUUGGCUCUGAGGUUGACGACACUUCUGACCCCAGAAAACGUCUGCUCACUGUUGAAUAACCCAGCGUGUCGAGAUCAACUUGAGCUCAACUCUCACAUCACUCAGAUCCUGCGAUAUGAGACGGACAAAGUGCUGGCAAGUCCACAGUUCUUGGAGGUCUGUGCAGAAGGAUUCAUCACAAUGUUGGAGCAGGAUGGACUCACAGUCGCAGAGAUUGAGUUGUGGAGAGCUGCUGUAAAGUGGGCCAAACACAAAGUUGACAGUGAAGAUGGGCAAGUAUUGAGACAACAGCUUUCUGGAAUCUCAGAACAUUUGAGGAUUUGCACUUUGAAUUAUGAACAGUUCUGGAAUGAAGUGACUCCUACAAAAAUACUGAACAAUAACGAAUUGCUACUCGUGGCAGAAUCUAUUGGGAAGAAGGAAAAGAUAGAAGAAACGAUCAUGUUCAACAAUAAGUUGGAACCCAGGAAAAGAUUGUGCAAGGAUAUAAGACAGUGCAAACGAUUUAAGUCAGACUCUAGUGUACAGGAACUCAAACUGACCAACCUUUCAGGAGAAGAGUGUAAUAGUCAAUGUAACUUUGACAUUCGCACCAAACAGUCUGCUGUAGAGCUGUUGCCAUUGGUUUGUAUGACACCAAAACGAGAGAGAAUGGAUCCUCCAGGCUGGCUAUGGCGUGUCAAUGGGACAGUCAAAAUAAGAAAGUAUACAGGUCCAGAUUCAUACCAUAUUACUGACCCUCUUACUAAGUUCACUUUCUGCAAGGAAGUAGAGUAUGGCCAAAAAUUUGAGGUUCCAUUCACUAAUGAUGGGUAUAAUGUGGUCUUGUUACCGAACAGUAAGUAUCAAAUUAAUGUAAGCUUUGCACAAAACGUUCUACUCUCAAAGUAUGAGUGGUAUCCAAUCCAUGAGAAUGAACAUUUGCUGCUUGAAUGCAAGGAUCGUUUGAAGUUUUUUUGUUCACAAAGCCUGUACUAUAGACUGGAAGAUAAUUGAGGAUUGGCAAUGUUCUUAGUGACGUACUCAGCUAUAAUCAGCAGUCACUUUCCUACAUCAAACAUUCCAAUGACCUUUAUUAUUUUAUGAUAUUGUACAAUGUUAAAGUUGUAAUUAAAUGCUUUGCCUUUACAUAGUACCAA